AUGCCAUUUUCCAACGGAAAUUAUGCCUUCAGUGCUAUGUUACCCCAUGAGGAUUUACCUCUUCAGAACUUUUCACAAUCACAGCCUUCGAACCCAGAACGGUCUAAUCUCAUCCCCACAUAUGGGACCCCGACCUCGGACAUCUCAAUGCCAUUGAAUUUGGACGUCAACGCCUAUGCCUACGAUAUCCCGACCACCUAUCCAGAUAUGGGGAUGCUUCCGCAGGAUCAUUCACAGUUUCAGUCUACAUACCCGCCCUUCCCCUCCAUGACGAUACCUCAUUAUUCCCAACUCGCUCCGCCACCCCGCAAGGAACAAUACGAUAGCACAGACUCGACAGCCAAUUUCGGAGAUUCCGACUUUCUAGGUCACACGAGCGACUGGUCACACGCGCACCCGCAGGUGCAGGUACAGCAGGCUCAGCGACAACACCCGGAGCGCCGUCUGCCUGUUAGUCAGUCGUACCGUGUAUCGCAACCAGUGGCUAUCCAACCCAAGAAGCCCGUUACUGCCAAAAAGGAUAUUUGCGGGCCCGAAAAGCCUGAGAUUGGCAAGACUGAACAUACCGGUAUCUAUUCGACAACUGGCUUUGACGUGCUGGGCGCUUUGGGUCGUGUGGCUAUGCGGCCCAACCCUAAAAUCAACAUUGGCGCGGUAGAUCUCUCAUGCGCCUUUGUGAUGUGUGAUAUCUUAAUCGAGGAUCAUCCAAUUGUCUAUGUAUCAGAGGCCUUUGAACGAUUGACUGGCUACACUAAAGAUGAAAUCGUUGGCCGGAACUGUCGAUUCCUUCAAGCACCCGACGGCAAGAUCAACGCUGGCGCCAAGCGGACCUUUGUUGAUGGACAGACUGUCUAUCGGCUACGGUCAACCAUCGAAGAUCGCAGUGAGAUCCAGGCGAGUAUAAUUAACUACCGCAAGGGUGGACAACCCUUCAUGAAUCUCAUCACGAUGAUCCCCAUCCAGUGGGAUUCGGAUGUUUAUCGGUACUAUGUUGGGUUCCAGGUCGAUCUGGUUGAGAAGCCCGAUGCUGUGAGGGGAAGGAAUUCUGAUGGUAAUUAUCGCAUUAACUACCAGCGCGAUCAGCUACCACAGUACAUAGUCCCAUCACCAGAUAUAUACUCACGACCAGACCUUGGGUUGCGGUAUGGUCAUGACGAAGUGACUAUCAUUCUCAACGCCAUGGGUACAGCUGGCAAGGAUGUCAACCGGCACUACCUGGAUCGCAUUCUGGUUGAGAAUACUGACGAUGUGAUCCAUGUGCUUUCGUUAAACAGUGAAUUCUUGUAUCUGUCGCCCUCUUGCCACAAGAUUCUAGAGUACGAUCCGGUCGAACUGAUCGGCAAGACCCUGUCCACCAUUUGCCAUCCCAGUGAUAUUGGUCCUGUAAUCCGUGACUUGCGGGCGAGCACAACAAGAGCUCCAGUGAGUGUGGUGUAUCGUAUCAGACAAAAGCACAAAGGAUAUAUGUGGUUCGAGAGUCACGGCGCGUGGCACAUCGACCCGAACCAGGGCCGGACGCAUCUUGUCAUGACCGGCCGCCCACGACCCGUCUACGCCUUGGAUCAGAUUGCUCGCCUGGGCUCAUCCGCCGCGCUGGCCGAAAAUGACGUCUGGGCUAAGAUUUCUUUGUCUGGUGUUAUUUUGUUCAUUACGAGCAAGGUGAAGCCGGUGCUCGGUCGAUCCCCUGACGAUCUGAUUGGUAAAGGCCUACAAGAGAUCAUGGAGCCUGAGACUGGUGGUACUGCCACAAUCGUACAAGCCUUGGAGGCAGCCUGUCGUGGACAAGGAUCUGGCAUGGCCACUGUUACAGGCGGCAAAGAAACGGAUGAACCGCCCUCAUUCGAACAUCAAAUGUGGCAUAAGAAGGGGCAUGCCAUUUUAGCACAUACCACAUUGUACACCGGCGACACGAGGAAGGGGAUCAAACCGACCUUCCUCGUCGCCCAGAUCCGAUUUGCUCGGUCCUUACCUCCCUCCGCCAUCGCCAUCUCAGCCGCCGAAGACAAAAGCCUCGCUACGCUCACAGGCACCGCACGCAACACGACCCUCACCAUCGAUGAUCCUGCCCCGCCCCGGCAGUACGGCGCUCUUGGUCAACGCAUGCCCGAUCUAUCAACCCUCAUCGGCCUCAACGGCCUACCAACUGGCAACCGCAGCAUUUCACCCUCUGGCGACCCAGCAACCUUCUUUACAGAACUCAACCCCACCCGCGGAUCGAGCUGGCAGAUCGAGCUGCGCGAGCUAGAGAAGCAGAACCACACACUUACCGAUGAAUUACAACGCCUAUUAGCACGCCGUAGGAAGCGCAAGCGCAAGCAGAGCGCUAUGGCGGUCGAAAAAUUCUGUGCCAUGUGCAGCACAAAGAACACCCCCGAAUGGCGGCGUGGUCCAAGUGGGAACCGUGAUCUUUGUAACAGUUGCGGUCUGCGGUGGGCGAAGCAAGUCCGUGGCCAGGCACAGGCGCAGGCGGCUUCUUCUGCUACAGUGGACUGA